AUAAACUCCCCUCUCUCUCUCUCUCCUUUGACACUAUUUUCAUUUUCCCCGGUCCUUUCUUCCUCCCAACCUCUCUGCAACCUCAUUGCCUCAACUCAUCCAUUUUCGUUUUCCCCAUUCUGCCCUUUCCAUUUCUUCACCGUUUCCUCUACCAGGGUUUGAAAUGGAGGCGAAGAACAAAGUGAAGAUCGAUGAUUCUACAGCGGAGUCUCCAACUUCGGUCCUUGAAGACGAGGCUGUCUGUGCCCCAAAAGAAGAAGUUAAGUUGGAGGAAGAAGUGACUGCAGACAUCAAAGAUGAUGGGACCUCUCUUAUAUCGAAAACAAUGGUGGAGGAGGAAGAGAAUUUAAUUGAAGCUAGGAUGAAGGAAGAGGAGGUACAGUGUGAGGAGGUACCUGACCUUAAUGACACACAGUUUAACAAAUUGGAUGAGCUUUUGACUCAAACCAAACUGUACUCUGAGUUUCUGCUGGAGAAAAUGGACGACAUCACACUUGCUGUGGGUGAACAAGAGAAUAGGGAAGAGCAAGAGAGCAAUCCUUCUGCAAAGAAGAAGGGCUGUGGAUCAAAAAGAAAAGCUGCUUCCCAGUACAAUACUAGGAAGGCCAAAAAGGCAGUCACUGCCAUGCUGACAAGAUCAGAAGAAAGUGAGAAGACUGAGGAUACGAACAUGACUGAGGAAGAAAGAGUUGAGAAAGAGCAAAAAGAGCUCAUGCCCUUACUGACAGGUGGAAAAUUGAAGACUUAUCAACUGAAGGGUGUAAAGUGGUUGAUUUCCUUGUGGCAAAAUGGAUUGAAUGGGAUUCUUGCUGAUCAAAUGGGUCUUGGGAAGACAAUCCAAACGAUUGGAUUUCUCUCACAUCUAAAAGCAAAAGGUCUGGAUGGGCCAUACAUGAUAAUUGCUCCUCUAUCAACCCUCUCAAACUGGGUGAACGAGAUUUCUAGGUUUGCACCAUCACUCCCUGCUGUUAUCUACCAUGGUGACAAGAAACAGAGAGAUGAGAUCCGGAGGAAACAUAUGCCUACUAGAACAAUUGGCCCGGAAUUUCCCAUAGUCAUAACUUCUUAUGAGAUUGCUUUAAAUGAUGCCAAGAAAUAUUUCAGGUCAUACAAUUGGAAAUAUAUUGUUGUUGAUGAGGGACACAGACUCAAAAACUCACAAUGCAAAUUAGUGAAGGCAUUGAAAUUCAUAAAUGUUGAAAACAAGCUUCUUUUAACUGGAACUCCUCUUCAGAAUAACUUGGCUGAACUAUGGUCUCUGUUGAACUUCAUUUUGCCUGAUAUUUUUGCAUCCCUUGAAGAGUUUGAGUCAUGGUUUAAUCUGUCAGGGAAGUGCAAUAAUGAAGCAACUAAGGAAGAACUGGAAGAGAAACGAAGAUCCCAAGUUGUAGCAAAGCUUCAUGCCAUUCUUCGGCCCUUUCUUCUACGUAGGAUGAAAUCUGAUGUUGAGAUUAUGUUGCCGCGGAAAAAGGAGAUUAUUAUCUAUGCAAACAUGACUGAGCAUCAGAAGAAUUUGCAGGAUCAUUUAGUUAAUAAGACGUUGGGGAACUAUUUGAAAGAAAAUAUGUCAAGUGGACUUUCUGUUCCUGCAAUUAUGAUUCGUAAUUUGGCUAUUCAACUUAGGAAGGUGUGUAACCAUCCUGAUCUCCUUGAGUCAGCAUUUGAUGAUUCAUAUUUGUAUCCUCCUUUGGAAGAGAUAGUUGGACAAUGUGGAAAAUUCCAUUUGCUUGAUCGAUUGCUGCAACGUUUAUUUUCAAGGAAUCACAAAGUUCUUAUCUUCAGUCAGUGGACUAAAGUGUUAGAUAUAAUGGAUUAUUAUUUUAGUGAAAAAGGCUUUGCAGUUUGCAGGAUUGAUGGUAGUGUGAAACUGGAAGAGAGGAAACAACAGAUCCAGGACUUCAAUGAUGUAAAUAGCAAUUGUAGAGUUUUUCUUCUUUCUACUAGGGCUGGUGGGUUGGGAAUCAAUCUCACUGUAGCUGAUACAUGCAUUCUUUAUGACAGUGACUGGAAUCCUCAAAUGGAUUUACAAGCCAUGGAUAGAUGUCAUAGAAUAGGCCAAACUAAACCUGUUCAUGUUUACAGGCUCUCAACUGCCCAAUCUAUAGAGGGUCGCAUGUUGAAAAGAGCUUUCAGCAAAUUGAAGCUUGAGCAUGUAGUGAUUGAGAAAGGACAAUUUCAUCAAGAACGUACAAAACCUGCCAGUAUGGAUGAAAUUGAGGAAGAUGAUGUUUUGGCAUUGCUUCGUGAUGAAGAAACAGCCGAAGAUAAAAAGAUACAUACAGAUAUUAGUGAUGAAGACCUGGAGAAGCUCUUGGAUCGCAGUGAUCUUAUAGUCAACGACUCAAACGAUGAUAACUUCAAAGCUCCAGUCAGUGCCUUUCCUCUUAAAGGGCCGGGGUGGGAGGUGGUGAUUCCAACUGCGACUGGGGGCAUGCUCUCUACUCUUAACUGCUAGUUUCUUGUCACUAUUUAUGGCCGGAGUAUAAAAAACUUGCUUUUUGUGGUAUAAGAUGGAAUGGCUUUUUGAAACAUUCUUUUAUGUCACGGUGGUAAUGCCCUGGAUGGCAUUCAUUUUUUGUAGAUGCUUCUAACGGAACUAUGUUUAGAAAUGAAGCUACUCUGGAUAUGUUUUUUGCGAGUUGGAAUUGAACAUUCUACUUGUGUAGUGGCGAAAGUGAAUUGGUUUGGAUACAAUAAACCUUAAUUUAACAGUUUAUUUUCUUCUAUGAAA